AGUACAGCAGUAUGAUGUGAGAAAUUGCCAUUCCCUAUACCGUCGAUAGCAUUGCCGGCGGCGACCAACCAAAAAGUGGGUCUCUCUUAGUUUCUUUUGGGGUCCCGCCCUUUUAUCCCUUUGCGUUUUCUCGCGCCUUUUGCCGGUGUAGCACUCUCUGGUCCAGCGCACACUGAGAAUAACCAUUUUCCGGCAGUCUCAAGAUUUGAUCUUCGACCAAUUGUUAUACUUAUAACACUCUCUGAAGGACACACUAUCUGUGAGGGAAUGUUAACACCGUUGUUGAUGGAAUCCCUUGUUCUUAAUCUCCAUGAGAUCUCUGCUGUCAAAUUUGGCAACUUCAAGCUCAAAUCUGGCAUUUCCUCACCAAUAUACUUGGACCUCCGACUCAUUAUAUCAUACCCUUCCCUUCUCCGCCAAGUCUCCCAAACACUGAUAUCCUCUGUCUCCUCCUCUUCCUUUGACCUUGUAUGCGGUGUCCCUUACACUGCUCUACCCAUUGCCACUUGUGUCUCAGUCACUCAGAAUAUUCCCAUGGUCAUGCGCCGCAAGGAAAUCAAAGACUAUGGCACUGCUAAAGCCAUUGAAGGUGAUUUCAAGGCUGGCCAAAGUUGCUUGAUCAUUGAGGAUUUAGUUACCAGUGGCACUUCAGUAUUAGAAACUGCUGCGCCCCUGCGUGCUGCAGGGUUGAAGGUUAGCGAUGCUGUUGUUUUGAUUGAUAGAGAGCAAGGUGGGAGAGAGAAUUUGGAGGAGAAUGGGAUCAGGCUACAUUCAAUUGUUAAGUUGACUGAAAUGGUAAACAUUUUGAGGGAAAAGGGAAAGCUUGAGAAGGAUAUGGUAGAGGUUGUUAUGAAAUUCUUGGAAGAGAAUCAGAGGGUUGCUGCAUUAGCAAAGUCAAUGAAGCCUAAAAGGGUCAAGGCUUUGUCUUUUGGGGAAAGGGCAAAGUUGUCUAAGAACCCAACUGGGAAGAGGUUGUUUGAGAUUAUGGCCGAGAAGGAGAGUAAUCUUUGUUUGGCUGCAGAUGUUGGAACUGCAGCUGAAUUGCUUGAAAUUGCAGAAAAGGUUGGGCCUGAGAUAUGCUUGCUGAAAACUCACGUGGAUAUUUUGCCCGAUUUUACUCCUGAUUUUGGCUCUAAGCUUCGCAUGAUUGCAGAGAAACAUAAUUUCUUAGUCUUUGAGGAUCGUAAAUUUGCUGAUAUCGGUAACACAGUUACUAUGCAAUAUGCAGGGGGGAUUUAUCACAUUCUGGAGUGGGCUGAUAUGGUAAACGCUCACAUUAUUUCUGGUCCAGGAAUUGUUGAUGGAUUGAAGUUGAAGGGUUUGCCUCGGGGUAGGGGCUUGUUGUUGCUUGCUGAAAUGAGUUCAGCCGGUAACCUUGCCACAGGAGAUUAUACAGCUGCAGCGGUGAGAGUUGCCGAGGAUCAUUCGGAUUUUGUCAUUGGCUUCAUUUCAGUCAAUCCAGCAUCAUGGCCAGGGCAACCAGUCAAUCCUUCUUUCAUUCAUGCAACUCCCGGAGUUCAAAUGGUCACUGGUGGUGAUGCACUAGGGCAGCAAUAUAGCACUCCAUAUUCUGUGAUAUAUAAUAAUGGAAGUGACAUAAUAAUUGUGGGUCGUGGGAUCAUAAAGGCACCAAAUCCAGCCAAGGCAGCUCAUGAAUAUCGACUUGAAGGAUGGAAAGCUUAUAUGGACAAGUGCACUUGAGACUUCUAUUUUAUAAUUUAACAUUAGUAUAAAAAGGGCUUUUUACCAGGGGUUUUCUACGCCAGUUCCAAAAUUGCAGUAAAAAGUCAUUUUUAACCUCUGUAAAAAGUCCUCUUUUUUUUUGUGCUAGUGCAAGGCUGUGGUUGGAACAUGAAAAAUGGAUUUAAGAAAAGGGAAAAUGUGUGAGAGAGUAUUUUUAUUGUGCUUGGUGGAUGAAAAACUUAUUUUUUUUUUUAAUGAAAA